AUAAAAACUUUUCUCAAAACCCGGCGAGCGACACCUCACUCCGCCGGUUAGACUCUCAACUUUGACUGAUUCUCCGGCCACAGAACAUCAGUUCAUUCAUUCUUUCUGCUGCCCGCUUUGUUUUACAUUUACUCCGGCGGGAAACAGGGAGCAGACAACGGAGACUUCCGGGAGAAUAUAAUUAUUUUCUUGACGUUCUUCCAUAUUCUGUUAGGGUUGCGAUAAUUUCCCCUUACUUUCAUCUUCCCCAGCAGGUAGCAUUUGCAAAUAAUUUUUCGUCAUUCAGUUGGUCAUCAACGUUUGACAUGCACGACCUCGAGGAGCAAAAUCGCAAUGGUGCACGCAAGCGAAACUUCAGUGACAUGGAGCCCAGUUUUGCUUCUGAUUUUUCCGAUUUCAAACAACCCAUGGACAAGGGCUUCAUUCCUAGAAGGUACCAAACGGAGGUUUUUGAAGUUGGGAUGAGGAGAAACACCAUAGCGGUGUUGGAAACAGGUGCUGGAAAGACCAUGAUCGCAGUGAUGCUUAUCAAAGAAAUUGGACUAACUAUGAAGUCCAGUGGUAGUAAGAAGUACAUCAUUUUCUUGGCGCCCACCGUUCAUCUGGUUCAUCAGCAAUUUAACGUUAUUAAAGCUCAUACUGAUUUUGAAGUGGCGGAGUAUUAUGGUGCCAUGGGGGUCGAUGAUUGGAGUUUGAAAUGCUGGGAGAAGGAAACAAGUGAACACGAUGUACUUGUUAUGACCCCUCAAAUUCUUCUCGAUGCACUGAGAAAGGCAUUUUUGAGUCUGGGAACAGUAUGCUUGAUGAUCAUUGAUGAAUGCCAUCGUGCUACUGGUAAUCACCCUUAUACAAAAAUCAUGAAGGAUUUUUAUCACAAAUCUGACAACAAACCAAAGAUUUUUGGAAUGACUGCCUCACCUGUUAUUAGAAAAGGGGUUUCCUCUUCCUCCGAUUGUGAAUGCCAAAUAGCAGACCUUGAAAGUAUCAUGGAUUCCCAGAUUUAUGCUAUUGAGGACAAGAAAGAAGUUGAAAUAUAUGUUCCCUCUGCAAAAGAAAUAUGUAUAUUUUACGAACCAGCAAAGUCUCCAAGUAUGGAGUUGAAGUCAAAGAUAGAAGCCCUGUGGUUCAAGUUCGAUGCUUUGUUGUCAAACUCACAAGGGGCAGUGCAAGUUCAUUAUAAAGACGUGGACAGCAAGCUUAAGCCACUGAAAAAACGACUGUCCAGUGAUCAUUUAAAGAUCUCUUAUUGCCUCGACGAACUUGGCCUUAUAUGUGCUUAUGAGGCCAUUAAAGUUUUAUUAGAGAACGUCAAUAUUACAAACGAGGAAUAUGAGGUUUUUAGAGAAAGUUCUUUGCAGUAUAAAUGUUUCCUUGAGGAAGCAUUACUAGUAAUUGGGGAAUCAUUCCCACUUGGAAAUGAAAAUGUUCUGAAUUUUGGUCUUGACAUUUGGAAAGCGGUAGAUUUGGGCUACAUUUCUUCUAAGUUAUUUGAACUUCUCCAACUUUUUGAAUCAUUUGGAGUAUCUAGGCAGGUGUUGUGUCUCAUAUUUGUUGAAAGAAUAAUUGUAGCAAAAGUUAUUGAAAGAUUUGUGAAAAAAGUACCCAAAUUAUCUCAUUUUACGGUUUCAUAUGUGACUGGAUGUAAUUCAUCAGUUGGUGCACUGGCACCAAAAGUUCAGAAGGAGACAUUGGAGUCAUUUUGCCAUGGCAAGCUCAAUCUUUUAUUUUCCACUGAUGUAGUUGAGGAGGGACUUCAUGUACCAAAUUGCUCAUCUGUGGUACGGUUUGACCUACCUAAGACCAUUCGUAGUUAUGUACAGUCUCGAGGACGUGCUCGACAGAACAACUCCCAAUAUAUUUUGUUGCUGGAGAGAGGAAAUCUGAAACAAAGAGAUCAGCUAUUUGAUGUCAUGAGAAGUGAGCGAUCAAUGACAGAUGCAGCUAUGAGUAGAGACCCUGAUGCAUGCAUUUUGAAACCUUUUUCAAUUGUGGAGACAGAUUGUUACAUUGUGGAGACAACUGGGGCAUCGGUUACUGCAGAUUCUAGUGUUGGUCUCAUAUAUCAAUACUGCAAAAAGCUCCCUGGUGAUAAAUAUUUCAGUCCCAAACCAAUCUUUCAACUCUCAUAUGGUGAAGGAUCAUACGAGUGUCGGCUAACUUUACCUCCUACAGCAGCUUUUCAAAGUAUAGUUGGUCCUUCAAGUAGGAAUUCUAAUUUGUCUAAGCAGCUUGUAUGCUUGGAGGCAUGUAAGAAGCUGCAUCAAUUAGGUGCACUUAAUGACCAUCUUCUUCCCUUGAUUGAAGAGAUAUCAGAAUUUGACACAGCUCUGAAAAGCAACGUAUCCACUUCUAGAGCAGGAACAACGAAAAGAAAGGAACUGCAUGGCAGAACGGCCAUUGGAGCUUUAUCUGGAACAUGGGGAGAACUAGUUGAAGGGGCCUCUUUUCAGGCUUAUAAAUUUGACUUCUCCUGUAGUGUUGUGUAUGAGAUUUAUUCUGGAUUUGUUCUUCUGAUAGAAUCAAAACUAGAUGAUGAUGUGGGAAAUAUUGAACUUGAACUUUAUUUACGAUCAAAGACAGUUAAGGCUUCUGUGUCUUUUGGUGGGCAAGUUCAUUUGGAUGCCGAGCAGAUAAGGAAAGCAAAGUGCUUUCAGGAGCUUUUUUUCAAUGGAAUGUUUGGGAGAUUGUUUAUUGGGUCAAAAUUAACCGGAGGCAAGAGGGAAUUUUUACUUCAGAAAGACACGAAGCCUCUUUGGGUUACAUCAAACAUGUAUUUGCUUCUACCAGUGGAUUUGACGGAUGCUUCAAGUCAUGAUUUAUGGAAAAUUCAUUGGAGAGCAGUUGAUUCUUGUGUCUCUGUGGUUGAGUUUUUGAAGAAAAACUCAUCUUUGGAUACUGAAAGUAAUUGUGGUGCCUUACCUUCUAGGAACAACUCUGCUGAGACAGGGAGCAAAGCUGCAAGUUUAAUUCACUUCGCAAAUUGUGUGCUAGAUGUUCAUUCCUUAAAGGACUUGGUGGUAUUGGCUAUUCAUACUGGAAAGAUGUACUCAAUCGUUGAAGUUGUGAGUAACACAUCUGCUGAGAGCACUUUUGAUGGGAACAGUGACAGAGCCCAAUCUGAUUACAUUAACUUUGCUGACUACUUCAAAAAAAAGUACGGGAUUACACUAAGAUAUCCACAACAGCCUAUGUUGCGUUUAAAGCAAAGUCAUAAUCCUCACAAUCUACUUGUCAACUUUAACGAUGAAGGUGAGACUAGUGAUAAGUUGCAAUCUGGCCAUGCUUCCAAAAAGCCCCAAAUGCAUGUCCAUAUGCCUCCUGAACUUGUGGUUAGCAUGGAUGUUCCAAAGGGGGUUUGGAAGUCAACAUACUUACUACCAUCUUUGAUGCACCGUUUGGAAUCUUUAAUGUUAGCUAGCCAGCUUAGGAAGGAGAUUAAUUAUCAUUCGAAUAGCCUCUGUAUAUCAAGCUCAUUGAUUGUGGAAGCUCUUACAACCCUUGGAUGUUGCGAGAGUUUUUCCUUAGAGCGGUUGGAAUUGCUUGGUGAUUCAGUUUUGAAGUAUGCUGUGAGCUGCCACCUCUUUCUCAAGUUUCCUGAAAAACAUGAAGGACAGUUAUCUUCUCAGCGCCAACAGGUUAUCUGUAAUGCAACCUUACAUAGGCUGGGAAUAAAGUGCAAGUUACAGGGAUACAUUCGUGAUUCUGCAUUUGAUCCACGUCGGUGGGUGGCACCAGGACAACGUACUACUCGCCCUGUUCCUUGUAAAUGUGGAGUGGAUACAGUAGAAGUUCCUUUGGAUGACAAAUUCUGCACUGAAGAUCCAAAAGUCGUUUUGGGUAAAUGCUGUGAUAAAGGACACAGGUGGGUGGUUUCAAAAACUAUAGCCGACUGUGUUGAAGCCCUUAUAGGGGCCUAUUAUGUUAAUGCUGGAAUUGAUGCUGCACUCCAUGUGAUUAAGUGGCUCGGAAUUGAUGCUGAUCUUGGUGUAUCAUUAGUUGUUGAUGCAAUUACUUCUGCAUCUCUGAGAUCCUGCAUCUUGAAAGAAACUGAGAUUGAAACCUUAGAGUCAAAGAUUGGAUAUGAAUUUGCUGUCAAAGGAUUAUUGCUGGAGGCUAUAACACACACAUCUGAUCAGGAGCUUGGUGUAAAUUACUGUUACCAGAGGCUUGAAUUUCUUGGUGAUUCAGUGUUGGACUUGCUCAUUACUUGGCAUUAUUACCAGACCCACUCAGAUAUUGACCCAGGCGAGUUGACUGAUUUGCGUUCAGCUUCUGUUAAUAAUGAGAAUUUUGCUCAAGUGGCUGUGAGACGGAAUCUUCAGCAACAUCUUCAACAUUGCUGUGGGCUUCUGAUUGGUCAAAUAACUGAAUACGUGAAGUAUUUGUCUGAGUCUCUUGAUGCUGGAAAGUCACUGCAUGGCAAUAAAGGCCCUAAGGUUCUUGGUGAUAUGGUGGAAAGUAUUGCAGGUGCCAUACUGAUUGACACAGAGCUUAAUCUUGACGAAGUGUGGAGAAUAUAUAAACCACUAUUGACUCCUUUUGUGACCCCUGAUAAACUUGAACUUCAGCCACUCAGAGAAUUAAUUGAAUUAUGUGAUUCUCUUGGGUAUUUCAUCAAAGAUAAAUGUACUAGGAAGGGAGAAAUUAUUCAUGCAGAACUUAGAUUACAGUUACAAGAUGUCUUGUUGAUAGGUGAAGGAUAUGAACGGACCCGAAAAGCUGCUAGAGGGGAAGCUGCUCAUCGCUUAUUAGUUCAACUUGAGACUAGAGGAAUUUAUUACUCUCGUUCUGGUUCGAAGAAGAGAAAACAGAAUCCCAAUCAUGUUGAGUCUGCUCUGGUUCUCCCGUCAUCUAUCAACUGUUCUACAGAAGCCUGUGAUCCCAACUUGGAGACUCCUGAUUCUGUUAUGGUUCAUUCAUCAGCCACCAACUGCUCUACAGAAGGCUAUAGUCCCGGCAUGGACAUCCCUGUUAUUGGACCAGUCAGCCUAAAGAAAGGAGGACCACGGAUGACUCUGUUUGAACUAUGCAAGAAAUUGCAGUGGCCUAUGCCAACUUUCAAUACAGUAGAAAAUAAAUCAAGAGUCCCAAUGGAAUUUGGUGAAGGCUCUGAGAGAAGAACAGGAUUCAACAGUUUUUGGUCAAAUAUUAUUUUGCAAAUACCCAAUGCUGGCAGUAUUGAAUGUGAAGGUGAUGCCCGAGCUGAUAAGAAGAGCUCGCUCGACUCUGCAUCACUCGUCAUGCUCAAGGAACUCCAACGACAAGGAAGAGUCAAUAUUAACGACUCAUGAGCCUUGUCUUUCGCAGAUCCUAAAACCAGUCUCAUCCAAAAAUAACUUCUCCGGUUACCUAAAAUUAGUAGUUCCUAACAAAAUUUAAUUUUAGUCUUUUAUGUCAUAGGAUUUUGUUGGUAGAUCUCUAGGCGGGUAGUCUCCUCUCACCAUUCUGUUAACCAAACCUUUCAACUAUGAUGUUAAUAUUAGAGCACCCAAUUGCCAAACAAAUAUCGAUGCAAAUCACACCAAAGAGUAAACAGAACUUCCCAGUUUCCAAAGAAUUGUUCUAAA